AGCUCAACCUCUGCAGCAGAUUCUCUCUAAAGAUAUUUAAGCAUGCAGACAUUUCAAGAGGCAACUCUCACGUUUUCUGUGUUUGGACAAUUGGCAAUUCUGCUCCACUGUCUUUGUGCGCACUUCGUUCUGCACAGUCCCCCCUCCGUCCUAUUUGGCUAUGGCAGAGUAGUGACACACACACACACACACUCGGCAUGCCCUCCCCAUAUUUGUUUGACAGCUCUAAAAAUAGUUCCCCGGACCAGUUUGGCCUUAUCAAGUUCCAGCUGACUUCUACAACUGAUACAGGCAGGGGGGAUUUGUCAGAAACUAGGAAAAAUCGAGGAGUUCUCUCAUCGUGGAUCCCACUUCAUCUGACCUGAUGGAGGAAACUGUGUUGGAGGAACCUAUCUGUGAAGAAGCCGUAUUGGCUGAAGAAAUCCCAGAGGUGAAGCCCGCAGCAAUGGUGAAUAAGAAUGGUGUGAAAGCGGAGGCUGCUACUGCUAGUGGGGGUGGGGAUGUUGCUAGUGGGGGUGUUGCUAGUGGGGGUGGAGGUGCUGCUAGUGGUUUUAGCGGCACUAAGAUCUUCACCUGGUUCAUGGUUCUGGCUCUGUUGGGGGUGUGGAGCUCCGUGGCAGUGGUGUGGUUAGAUCUGGUGGACUACGACAAUGUCAUUGCGAGAGCAAAGGAAUUCCCUUUGAACUUUUCAGAGGUUUUACAAGGUAAACUUUCAGCGUAUGACGCAGAUGGCGACGGGGACUUUGAUGUGGAGGACGCCAAAGUACUACUUGGCUUGACCAAAGAGGGCGGUGAAAUUACUAAUGAAAACGCAGAUUCCCUAGAGGAAAUCUUCGGUAUUUUAGCCGAGGAGGGCUCAGAUUGGUUUCACGGCUUCUUCACGUUUCUCUAUGACGUGAUCUCUCCUCCCGUAGAGAAGGUGGAGGAUCCAGAGAGUGAGACAGCAGAGGAGGAGGGUGAUGCUGACGAGAAAGAGGUCAAAACUGCUGCUCCCAAAAAGGAAACGCUGAAAAAAGAGGACAAGAAAAAAGCUGAGAAUAUUGUAGAGGUUCCCGUUCCAAAAACAGAAAAGACAAAAGGUAGCCUACUAUUUAAUGGUGAUCAGAGUCCUGGAGAGGUGGCUUCUAAAAAGAACAGAACAAAAGGAGUGAAAGAGAGGCCGGUUUCUCUGGUGCAGAAGGAAGCCAAGGAAGAAUCUGCUGUGGAAGAACAAACCGAGCCCAUUGUGGAGGAAGUCAUCCAGACAACAGAGGGGACUGAGGAAGAAGGUCAGCUUCCACCGAACCCAUCACAGGAGCAGCAGGCCCCUGAAGGUGAGAGUCCGGACGCAGUGGGAACUACCGCCAAAGCAGAAGAUGCAACUGAGGAAUCUUUUGAGGGGAAACUGGCGGUUGAGGCAGGAUCGUUUGAGGCUGAGGCUGCUGUCCAGGUAGAGGAAAAGGAGCCAGUGGCAGUAGAGGAGAAAACAACACAGGAAGAUUCAGAAGGAAAUGCAGAGGACCAACCAGAGGAUAUGCUCCAAUACAAAGCCAAGAAGAAGAAGCCUAAACUCCUGAAUGCAUUUGAGAAAACGAUCAAGGCGGAAAUUGACGCGGCUGAGAAGUUACGUAAAAAGGGGAAAGUGGAGGAGGCUGUCCGGGCUUUUGACACUCUAGUUCAGCAGUACCCCCAGAGUCCAAGGUGUCGCUAUGGGAAAGCCCUGGCCGAAGAUGACCUGGCAGAGAAGAUGCGCAGCAACGACAUGCUGCAGAAGGCCCUCAGCACGUACAAGGAGGCGUCAGAGCUGCCCAACGCCAUGCCUGACCUCAUCAAGGCCACACUGAAGAAACGGGCCGAGCGUCAGCAGUUCUUAGGUCGUAUGAGGGGUGCCUUAGCCACGUUGGAGAAGUUGGUACAGAUCUUCUCUGAGGACGUGGCCCUGAAGAACGAUCUGGGUGUGGCUCACCUGCUCAUCGGAGACAACAAGAGCGCCAAGAGGGUCUACGAGGAGGUGUUGGCCAUUGCACCAAGUAACGGCUUUGCUAAAGUCCAUUACGGCUUCAUCCUCAAAUCAGAAAAUAAGAUAGCAGAGAGCAUCCCAUUCCUCAGGGAUGGUUUGGAAUCAGGGGACCCUGGCACAGACGACGGCAGAUUUUACUUCCACCUCGGAGACGCUUUGCAAAGAAUGGGAGACGACAGUGCCUACAAGUGGUAUGAGAGAGGGCACCAGAGAGGUCACUUUGCCUCCGUAUGGCAGCGAUCUCUCUACAAUGUGGACGGUCUCAAAGCCCAGCCAUGGUGGACGCCCAAGGACACUGGCUAUAUGGAUCUAAUCAAGACCCUGGAGAGGAACUGGAGGACCAUUAGGGACGAGGCCCUGUCAGUGAUGGAUAAAACCACCGGCCUCUUUGUUCCAGAAGAGGAGAACCUCAGAGAAAAAGGGGAGUGGGGCCAGUUCACACUCUGGCAACAAGGCAAGAAGGCAGGGGAGUCCUGCCACAGUGUUCCAAAGACCUGUGGCCUGUUGGAGCGCUACACAGAGGCAACAGGCUGCAAGAGAGGACAGAUCAAGUUCUCGGUGAUGCAGCCUGGUACUCACGUCUGGCCCCACACGGGGCCCACAAAUUGUCGCCUGCGCAUGCACCUGGGCCUGGUCAUCCCCAAGACAGGCUGUAAGAUCAGGUGCACCAACGACACCAGGGCUUGGGAGGAGGGGAAAGUGCUCAUCUUUGAUGACUCCUUUGAGCACGAGGUGUGGCAGGACGCCGACAGCUACCGGCUCAUCUUCAUCGUGGAUGUGUGGCACCCCGAGCUCACCCAGUACCAACGGCAGACUCUCUCCCCCAUUUAAAGAAUGUAUGGUAAAAUGACCCCAGCACUCACCUACUGGAGUGCUGGGGUUAACACUCAUAAGAACGGAAGGGUCCAUAGUAUCUGGUCUCUGUCUGUCCACACAUUCCUUCACAUUCGGCCAUUUUAGGUCAAAGGUGACAAAUGUGACUUCAUUUUGGAACCGUCUAGAAGAGUUACUGAAGGCCCUGUCAAAUUGGAAAAAGCCUUAGUGACACUUUGGAACAUUGACUGCUAACUGUGGUACUCACCAACUUGGUUUUUAGGCCAAAAUGUGGACUUACGGUAAGGUGUGGGUUUAAUAUCACAUAGGCUGUGUUGUAAAUGUAUCACAAGUGCAUUCUUGUUUUUCAUUAGUCAACCAAAGUGCCAUGUGUCUGAAACAUACCUAACAUACAAACGGUAACUGAACAAAACGUUAGUAUUGCAGCUAGUGAGUUUACUGUUGUAUAGUUACUGAUAUAAUUUCUUAAAGAGAUCGUUUUCCUGGUUUUUAUCCCAAUCUUAAUCGUUUUCUUUCCUCAAGAAAAGUUAUUUGAUGAUUUUCAUGUUCAAGUCUUCCAAAACGUGAGGUAAGAACUCAAAUAAGAUUAGAGUAACACGGAAAACUAUCCCGUUAAGAUGUUGCUAAGCUAGCUAAACCUCUGCUAGCUGUUGUUUCUCGAACACUUGAUUUGGUUAUUACACAGCUCUUAUUGCAUGUAAUGGUCAUGCAUUAACUUCAUGUUACUUCCAUAGCUUUAUACAGUAAUCUGCAUCUUACUUUAUUUUGGGGUUCUAUUUUUAGUAAUACAGAAACACUGCUUAUUAGGUCAUUCCAUUUCACUCGUAUGAUUUUCGCAUGUCACUUUAGAUUAAUGGAUGGGACAUCACAAUGCCAAGAAUGUUUUUAUUGCAGAAUUAAUAUUGUAAAAAAACAUAUUUUUGUACGCUGACAUAUUUUCAACUGUGCCUUGACCUGGGAGCACACACAGCCCAUUAUACUCAACAGGCUUGUCUUUGUAAUUUAAAGUCCUGCCAAACUUGUGUAUUUACAUUCUUAAAUGUAUCAAAUAUGAACAUUUUGACUGAAGGCAUAUAUUUUGUACAUGCAUAACAUUUGAAUGUUUUAUAAGAUGCUAAUUUACCUGUGUAAAAGUUAGGCAGGAGCAUGUUGAAUGUACACCAGUCUUGUCACACUGCAUUCCAAACCUGGGUCAAAAUAUGUCAAAUACUUCCCAAUACUUCAAAUGCGCUUAAUUUAGUUUGCCUUGUACAAUGGAAUAGUCCCUAAGAGGAGAAGUCCGAGCUAAAUAAAGUGCACUACAUAGGCUAUACUUGAGUAUUAGAAAGCAUUUCACCCAGGUCUGCUGCAUUCCAGGUAUAGCAAAGCUGACUAGAAGGGGUCUUUGCUUGACCAAUGUUGAUUUUCUAAUGGAAAAAGAAAUGCCGAAGCAUAUUCUUCUAGAUGUUGUUAUUUAAUUACUCUCUAUGUGCGUUGGUAAUCCGCUUCAUCGCAGCAAUGAAAUCAUGUCCAAAUCAGUCCAGUGGGAUUCUGCUGAGUUCAUGUGCUAUCAGAAUAAUCAGAAACUCAGGACUAAGAAAUUCCUGGCAAGCCCGCGGACUCAUCAUAGCUACCUGUUUCAGAUGUCCAAAACCGCUCAUACUGAUCUUACGGGUAGGAAAUACGAGUGGGAAACUGGGGUAACAUCAAUGUACCCCACGUUUCCUACUUCAGAGGAGUAUGUAAACAUAUCAUAAUGCCAUGGGUCGGAGUCAUUCGUUAGGACGAUUGGAUGUCAUCCUGUCUGCCCAAAAAAGGAUGAACUUUUCACCCAAGUGUGGCUGUCUGUCAUGGACACGGGUGUCUUGGGGGUCUGUUUGGGCUGUGAUAACACAUUCAAGUUAUCCUCCUGGCUUCAAAAUAGUUUCUUAGUUACAAUGGGGUAGUAAAUCAAGCACGUUCACAAAAGCCACAUCGUUUUGAGAAUUAUUUCACCUUUUGUGGUACUCUGUUAUGAAUCUAUCACUUUUUGUAGUGUUGAAAUCACUGAACUGUUCCAUCUGUUGUAACUUGGCCUGCCAAGUAAGUAAUGCAUCUUUCAAUUCUGUUUUGUAUGUUGCACUGAAUAAUUGUAAACUAAAUAGCUUCUUUUCAGUAAAUGAAAAAUGAGGUCAAA